AUGUCGUUUUCGGGAUUGAUUUCUGGGUCGGAAUGUGCAGUUGCUGCCAACCCACUUUCCCAAGUCCUCAAGCAUACGGAGGGUGAUCGGAGUUUGCAGCAAGACAGGAUUGCUGGCCCCUCGUCUUCAAGACUACACCAUCUCCCUGGUACCUCUGCAGCGCCACUUAACGAGCACGAUGCUGCUAUGGCACGGCAGUUUUUUGAAGGGGGCGGACAGGGCCCUGGACCUAUGAUGGCUAUUCCACCUAUGGAACUUCAAAGGAUGGUAGAAGUCACUGGAAUGCAGCCGCAAGAACUGAGGGAAGCCUGGGCUAUGGAACGGCAGCUUCCUCAGGAAUCUUUAGAUUGGUCCUCAGAAUAUUCGACGAUGGGCAAGGCGCCUAUGCGAAUGCAACAAAAUAUGACAGCACUCAAUGACGGUCAGCAAAGAUCAUACCCGUCGUCUUUCGGGAUGUAUGGCGGCGCAAUGCCUGCACGAAUGUACGGGAUGGGAAUGGGUUCGUCCAUGAUGCCAAAUUAUCAAGGCAUGCAAGAGAUACCUGCUCAAGGGAAGGGGAAGGCGAGAGAGGCGGACUUCGAGGCAGCUUUUGCGCAAGCAGCUGAAUCGAUGUUCACCCAAGCCGAGUCGUCCGCCCGCAUCGUUGAGGUAGACGCAGAUGUUGUGAACGUAGAGGAAGCGUUGAAAGGCGCCACCCUUGAAGACAAGGAGGAGAGUGACUUCAAAAAGGUUUGGGACCACCUCCAAGAUUCAGACUUACCGCCGCCGAAGGAGGACCUUGCCAAGUGGGAAGCCGAAUUCAAUCAGCUGAUGAACAAAGAGAGGUCGGAAGAGACGGAUUAUGGCACCGAUAUGCAGCAAGCUUGGGAGGGUGGGUUGGGUAAUUACGAAGGAAGCCAAUUCGACAACUCUCCGAUGAAAUUCGAUAGUGAAGGUUUGCCGCUUCUAGGAGAAUACGUCUUCGAUGCCAAUAACAAGUACCUCGGUCCUACAACAUCCACUCGUUCGCCUCUUGCAGACGCAAAAUAUCUCCUUGACAACAACGGUUCUUUAUCUGAGGCAACUCUUUUACUAGAGGCAGCCAUCCAGAAAGGGGAAUUGGGCGAAGGCGGCUACGAAGCGUGGAUACUGCUAGGAGAUACCCGAACCAUGGAUGAGCACGAAGACGCCGGUAUGAGAGCGCUGCUGGAAGGUGUCAAGCGUGCUGAAGCCGCUGGCGCACCUGGCGCAGGAAUGCUGUCACUCGCGAUUUCGUUCACGAACGAAUCAUAUGAUCGUGCAUCGCAUACCAUGCUCCUUCGCUGGCUGCGUUCUAGGUUCCCAGAUCACCCUGUUCCUGAAGAAACUGUCAAGGCGUUAUCUACGAACUCGUCAUGGGAUACUCACACUCGCAUCACUGAGGUCUUUAUCAAUCUUGCCAGGGCCCAACACGCAUCGGGUCAAUUGGACCCAGAUGUUCAGGUCGGCCUUGGAGUACUGUUCUAUACGAAUGGCGAGUAUGAUCGCUCCAAAGACUGCUUUGAAGCUGCCCUUGGAGCACGUCCAAGGGAUUUCUUGCUCUGGAACCGUUUGGGCUCAGCGCUCUCCAAUGGUAAUAAACCAGAAGAAGCGCUGGGUGCAUAUCGGGAAGCUCUCCAAUUGCGUCCAACAUACACUCGAGCUAUUUUUAACGUCGGGGUCGCCUGCAUGAACAUCGGUGCACACAAAGAAGCUGCUGAGCACUUCUUGACGGCUCUCAGCCUCCAAGAAACUAACGGUGGAGGUAACACAACGAGUGACCAACUAUGGUUCACUCUGAGGAGGACAUUCCUCGCGAUGGAUCGUCAAGACCUCGCUAAUCUAGCGAAGCCUGAGACGAGGACCAAUCUAGACACCUUCCGAAAGGAAGGUUUCGACUUUUAG